UAGCAAUAGAACCUCUCACUAUACACUACCACCACCAUAUCAUUCAAAAUCAAAACCGUGAUUUUCACUCUCUUUUCAUUUUUCAUGUAUUAUUACACGAUCCUAACUCACUGAGUCAAAUCUGAAAAACUUUCCGAUUCACAUAAAUAUGGCGCUUCAUUUCUACACUUUCUCCUUUCACCGUCUUCCUACCUGACUUUCUUCUUCGCUUCUCUGAUAACCGGACUCCUGUUUGCAAGAAAUAUAUUGUUCUCUAAAUUUUGACAUAGCAUCGAAGCUGUAGCGAUGUAAACAUAUAUCGUAUUGUCAAUAUCAAUUCAAGGAGCCAUUUGAUUUGAUCGGAGGAUUUUAGUUUCUCUACGAGUUUCAUUUUCCAGAAGUCUUGGGUUGGUUCUGAACCCUGAUUUUUGGAAAGAAACUACUAGUACAGCGCAUAUUUUAGGCUUAUUGUUCUCUGUUUACUCUACUGCUUACGUUAAGGCAUGGGCUACUUUUGCAAUAAGAGUGAAAGCCGAUCAAAGUGAUGAUAGAAAUGGGGGAAAUUAGUUAAGAUGUUUUGAUUUUAGUAUUAAUGGAAAGGUUCAUAGCUUGUUUAUUUUUGAGCCAGCAAGAUUUUGAACCUGUAAAUUGAGAAUGGCUUGUUUGGUACUUCAUCCAAUGCAUGAAAAUGGCGAAUUUACCAGUAGUUUUAGUCCUCAUAUGAGGGAGUCAAUUUUGAUUUACCUAACUGUUGGUGGAUCUGUGAUUCCCAUGCAUAUUUUGGAGACGGAUUCCAUUGCUUCGGUGAAGCUGAGAAUUCAAACCUUAGAAGGAUUUUUUGUAAAGAAACUGAAACUGGUUUUCGAAGGGAAGGAAUUGGCUCAUAACAAAUCUUGUGUCGGUGAUUAUGGUGUUGCUGAUGGAAAUGUGUUGCACUUAGUACUACGGCUUUCUGAUCUUAAAGCUAUUACUGUUAGGACUUUAAGUGGAAAGGAGUUUGGGUUUUAUGUUGAGAAGACUAGGAAUGUGGGUUAUGUGAAGCAGCAGAUUGCAAAGAAAGGGCGAGGGGUCUUCAAUCUUGCAGAUCAAGAAUUAGUAUGGGAGGGUGAGGCACUUGAAGAUCAGAGACUUAUUGAGGACAUCUGCAAGGACAACGACGCUGUGAUUCAUUUGUUGGUCAGGAUAUCAGAUUCCAAGGUAAGAACUAAACCAGUUGAGAAGGAUUUGGAGUUAUCAAUUGAGGCAUUGUUUGCACACGAUACAGUGCCAAAUUCAGCUGUGGACCAGUUAGGGCCAGUGUCUAUAACAAAUAAGGUCCUGAAGAGGAACCAAUUGACUAGAGAAUUUCUUUUGGAACCAAUUUUUAAUAAUUCCAAUAUCAAAAUUCCACCAGUGGUCCAUGAACUAAUUAAGGUUACAUUAGAGGGGUUAGAGAAAGGCCGUAAACCAAUUCGAUCUUCAGAGGGAUCAGGGGGAGCUUAUCUCAUGCAAGAUUCAUCUGGCUUAAAAUAUGUUUCAAUCUUCAAGCCUACCGAUGAGGAGCCAAUGGCAUUUAAUAAUCCCCGAGGAUUACCUAUCUCUGUGGAUGGUGAAGGGUUAAAGAAAGGCACACAAGUAGGGCAAGGUGCAUUGAGAGAAGUUGCAGCUUACAUUUUAGAUCAUCCGAGGAAAGGACCUCGCUCAUAUCAUAACAAUGAGGAGAAGGGUUUUGCUGGAGUUCCGCCAACUGUUAUGGUCAGAUGCAUGCAUGAAGGGUUCCACCAUCCUGAAGGUUAUAAGAAUGUUUCAAGUAAUGUAAAAAUAGGAUCACUUCAGAUGUUUAUGAGGAACAUUGGAAGCUGUGAAGACAUGGGCCCUAGAACAUUUCCUGUGGAAGAGGUACAUAAGAUCUCUGUGCUGGAUAUGAGGUUGGUAAAUGCAGAUAGACACGCUGGGAACAUUUUGGUUGCCAAGAAUGGAGAAGAUGGUCCAAUUGUCCUGAUUCCAAUUGAUCAUGGUUAUUGCCUGCCCAAGAGUUUUGAAGACUGCACUUUUGACUGGUUAUACUGGCCACAAGCUCAAGAGCCUUACUCCCUAGACACCACUGAGUACAUAAAAUCUCUGGAUGCAGAGGAAGAUAUUAAGCUUUUGAAGUCUCAUGGAUGGGAACUUCCGCUGGAAUGCGCCCGGAUUCUUCGUAUAUCAACCAUGCUUCUUCAGAAAGGUGCAGAAAAAGGACUCACUCCUUUCACCAUUGGAAGCAUCAUGUGUCGAGAAACACUGAAGAAAAAGUCUGUCAUUGAGCAGAUUAUUCACAAAGCAGAGGAAGCUGCACUUCCUGGAACAAGUGAAGCUAAAUUCCUUGAUCUUGUUUCAGUGAUCAUGGAUAAUCAUUUAGAAGGGCUAUUCCCAUGACUGAAUUGUAAAGUGAUGAGAUAUUGUUGUAAAGUGAGGAUGCUCCUUUCAUCUUCAACGCAGACCCCACAAUCUACUAUAAUAGACUGUAGUUAAACUUCUUCCAACCAACAACCAAGAAUUGAUGCUUGUGUUGCUAUAUUGAGUUUUGUGUUUUUUAUACUACACCUCUGGCUUCAAGGAAUGGAAAUAUGUGUGUAUAUUGACCAGGAAAGUUUAUGGAAUUUCUGUGCUUCUUGAGCCAAUAUGCAAUAUAUAUGAUAAAUGUAUUCCAAUAUAAAUAAAAUUUUCCACUCCAUGUUCUGUCAA